AUGAGUGAAUAUCCCGUUCACCGUGUAGGUUACAACGAAAAUCCUUUUGCUUCUUCGCAUUCUCUCGAUACAAAUCCUUUCGAAGACCCAGCGACAUCGCAGGCAGAUGCCGCAAGGCUAGAAAGUAUCCGUCAGCGCGAAGCCGACCUUGAACGACGUCAACGCGACCUGGAUCAAAGAGAACAACAGCUCAAGCAUCAUGGAAAGAACAACUGGCCAUUCUUCUUCCCUCUUAUUUACCACGAUAUUUCUGUGGAGAUCCCAGAAGCAUCAAGGCCUUUGAUAAAUCGGCUCUACCAACUCUGGCUCGUACUCCUGGGAACCCUCGUUCUCAACAUGAUUGCCUGUAUCUUCAUUCUCAUAGCUGGAUCCUCAGAUGGUGGAAGAGAUGUAGGCGCAGCUAUAGGAUAUCUUUUCAUCAUCACAGUCACGUCUUUCCUGUUGUGGUAUCGUCCCAUUUACAACGGUUACAUGAAGGAGCAAGCCCUGUAUUACUACUUCUACUUCUUCUUUUGUGGCUUCCAUUUACUCUUCAGCGUGUACAUUACCGGAUCAGCGGGUCUCAUACAGACCAUCCAGAUGUUCGCUGGCCAUCAUUGGGUCGCUGCGAUACUCGGUCUCGUUGCCACUGUUGGCUGGACUUUACAGGGGCUGGGUAAUGCAUUUUAUUAUCGUCAAAUUUAUACUCAUCAUACUGCUGCGGGCCAUACGAUGGAAAAGGCCAAAACGGAGUUGGCUUCUCAUGGUGCGAAGGCCUACUUUACACGAGGAUGA